GUGUUCUCUUUCUUCAUGGGUGCUUGUGACAUCGGGCAGAAGUGAGGAUUUUGUAAAUGAAAAAGACUGUUAAAACCUUCCCCGACCAUCAGACCAGCAUCACAACGACAGGGCGGCUCCCUACCUAAUUCCCAAGCCUCUGUCCUGCGGCCGUACUUCCCGGCUUUGAAGCAUGGGUGAUGGGCCGGUGAGGGACCCUGCCUGCCCGCCUCAUCCCACCCUCCGAUGGAGCCAGCGUGGAACUCCUCCCUCCUGCCUCCGCAGCUCCUGUCCAACAUGUCUACCUCCGUUCUGGCUGAGGGCUGGCCUCCGUCCCAGUGGCUAGCCCUGGCGGCCAUGCUGUUCAUGGAUCUGCUCGCCGUGGUGGGCAACGUGGCCAUCAUGGCGGUCAUCGCCAAAGUCCCGCAGCUCCACAAGUUUGCCUUCGUCUUCCACCUGUGCUUGGUGGACCUGCUGGCCGCCUUGGUGCUAAUGCCCCUCGGCAUGGUCUCCAGUCGGGCCUUCUUUGGGGAGGCCCUGUGCCGUAGUUACCUCUUCCUUAGCGUGUUCCUGGUCAGCGCCGCCAUCCUCUCCAUCUCGGUCAUUAACGUGGAGCGCUAUUAUUAUAUCAUCCACCCCAUGCGCUACGAGGUGAAGAUGACCGUCGGCCUGGUGGCGUCAGUGCUCGUAGGGAUAUGGAUCAAAGCUUUGGCCAUGUCCGCUUUGCCGCUGCUCGCCUGGAUCCUCCAAGGUGCGAGGACUCCCCUUCUGGAGGGUAGUGGGGGAGGCGGAGACGUCUCAUCUCCCCCGGCUCAGGGUCAGAGGCGCUGCUCGCUGCACUGGACGGGGGGCGGCUCGAAUCGUUUGGCGUUCAUGAUCCUCUUCACGCUGCUUUACUUCCUCUGUCCGCUGCUGGUCAUUUUCGUCGUAUACUGCAACAUGUUCAAAGUCGCUCGAGUAGCCGCGAUGCACCACGGGCCUUUACCCACUUGGACCGACACGCCGCGGCGCCAGAGAUCGGAGUCGCUCAGUAGCCGGUCCACAAUGGUUACCAGCUCUGGGACGGAGACCGGGACCGGAAGGGAGACGCCGGCCCGGCCGUUUGGAGGGGGGAAGGCGGCGGCGGUGUUGGCGGCGGUGGGCGGACAAUUUCUGUGUUGUUGGCUGCCCUAUUUUUCGUUCCACCUGUAUUCCGCCCUGGCUGCCAGCUCCCCGACCGCAUUGGCAUCUCUGGAGGAGGCGGUCACCUGGAUCGGUUACUUCUGCUUCACCUCCAACCCCUUCUUCUACGGCUGUCUCAAUAGACAGAUUCGGGAUGAGCUGGGCAAACAUCUACCAUGCCUGUUUCGUCGAGCGGGGCUCGAAGUGGAGGACAGGCUGCCGAGCCGCGAAGGCUCCAUUGAGGAAAAUUUCCUCCAGUUUCUUCAGGGCACCGCCUGCAACUUGGAACCUCAGAACUCGCACAGCACCUCCAGUCCGAAGGCGGAGGCCUGCCGCCCCUUGGCUCCGUCUCAAGCGUCUGAGCCCGCACAUCCUCUACCUGUUGAUUUUCGAAUACCCGGACAAAUCGCAGAGGACACCUACGAGUUUGCGGAUGCUGAUCAGGCGAAAAACAACCACAUAGAUACGGACACUUAACUCGGUUUUUUUCCCCCUCGCAACAUUGUAAUUGCAGACAUCAGGAAAGUUGUUGA